UUUACGCUGUUAGAGCGGGAUGUUAGAACGCGGAGUUGGUGUACAAUAUUUACAGUGUGUUUUUCGGACGUAGCGGUGCUUUCAUGGAUACAGGAUACGAAGUGGUAACAGACUGUGAGGGGCCGCGACAGGCGCCUAUGAACCAAGAUCUGGACAACAUGCAUUCUUUAGAUCCGCCGCCGCCUGAUGUACUUUUAGCGCUUUUAGCACGGAACAAAGGACUCGAAGGUCUCGUAGAUGGGAAAGCCAGUAUCCCGAAGUGCGGUGGCUGCCACGAGAUGAUAGUGGACCGGUACGUGUUGAAGGUGUCGGACCGAACGUGGCAUGCCGGCUGUCUCCGGUGCGUUGAAUGUCGUGCUAUGCUAUCCGGGAAGUGCUUCGCUAGGAACAACCAACUCUAUUGUACAGAUGACUUUUUCAAGCGGUUUGGCACCAAGUGCGCAGGCUGCGGGCAGGGCAUCCCACCAACACAGGUGGUGCGCCGUGCCCAGGCGCAUGUAUACCAUCUCCGAUGCUUCGCUUGCGCCGCCUGCGCUCGCACUUUGAACACCGGCGAUGAGUUCUAUCUUAUGGAAGAUGGAAAACUUGUUUGCAAGCCUGAUUAUGAAGCAGCCAGAGUAAAAGGCGGGGAAGGAUCGCUGGACGGGGACGCGGCGAGCAAGAGGCCGCGGACCACCAUAACGGCGAAGCAGUUGGAAACCCUGAAGAGUGCAUAUAGUAGUAGCCCAAAGCCGGCGCGGCACGUACGAGAGCAGCUCGCCCAUGAUACGGGACUUGACAUGCGCGUCGUUCAAGUCUGGUUUCAGAAUAGACGGGCGAAGGAAAAACGCCUCAAGAAAGAUGCCGGUCGUACACGGUGGUCACAAUACUUCAGGUCCAUGAAGAGUGGCGGUGGUUCCCCUCGGCAUGAUCGUCUUCUCGAUAAAGAUGAACUCAAAAUCGAUCUGGACUCCUUUAGUCAUAAUGAGCUCAGCAAUGACAGCUACAGCACGGUGGCGCUGGGCGGCGAGGAGGGCUCGCCGGCGGGCGGCGGCGGCGCGGGCGCGGCGGGCGGCGCGCGCUACGCCGCCACGCCGCCGUACUUGCGCGCGCACUCGCCGCCGCACCCUCACUACCACUACCCGCCCGACCACCUCGUCUACACCAACAUCGGUCAAGCAAUGAGUGGGGCAGGCAUAGGCGGCACGGGCGCGGGUGGUGCAUCGGAUCUCAGUAGUUCUUCGUCACCAGCGGCGGGUGGAUACCCCGACUUUCCCCCGUCACCGGACUCGUGGCUUGGAGAACCUCACCACUACUCCCCGAGGGGCUUUCCCUAGCGGCGGCCACCGCCGGCGCAUGCGCAGCCCGCGCCCCCGCCGCUCCCCGCGCCCUACCCUCAAGGUCUCGCACAACCACUCGAAUUAGUGGUCAAGCGUGAGCUGUGAUCAUUACGAAGACAUCACUUUGUAAAAAGAGACAUGUAAAUCCAAGGAAUGGUCUGAAUUCCCAAAUACUAUGGAGAACGGUUAGUUUUUAAAACAAAUUCUCCCAAAUAUUUUAUACAAAUAAUAAAUUGUGUGACGCACAACAAAUGUACCCAUAAUAUUUUUAUUUAUUUAUUUAUUUAAUUUAAAAACAAUAAAACAAAGAAAUUAAGAUUUUUUUAAGAAUUACUUGGUCUAAAGGAAUUUAAAAUGGAUCUAUUUUAAUAUCGUUUUUAUUUAACUACCAUCUAAUAAAUAAGUUCCAUUGAUAUUUGAUUGGCAACGCGCGCGUAAUAUCCUCGAUUUUGCAGGCGUUCAUAGGCUACGGUAACCGCUUACCAUCAGGUGGGCCGUAUGCUUAUUUGCCACCUCAGUGGUAUAAAAAAUAUUUUAAUUUUUAGUAUUUUACAAUAAAACAUGUAUAUAAUCCCAGAGUCCAACUACCUACGCCCUGUAGAAAUAUCUUAAUAUGUCGAUUAUAGUAGAUAUUAUUAUAGUUAUAGUUUUUCUAUGAUCUUAUAAAUCAUAAUGUAUAUAAGUUACGUCCCCAGUAUGGCAUACAACAUGUAAAUAAAAUAGAUUAUAAUGUGUGUGGUUUUCGAACACAAAAUUGAUGAAAUUUAUCGCCUUAUGUCUAGAAAGUUUAGUUACAUAGCUGUAAAUAUUGUACUGUAGAAAAUAAAAUGUAAGCUCUUUAGUGGAAUAUAUCUUAAUUUUUGUAAUAUUAAAAUGAAAUAGUUUUCAUUGUUUUUAUUAUAUUUUAAUUACAAAAUAAGCUUAAACAUACAAAAGAUAGUAUUAUAAUACUGUACAUAAAAUUAAUGUGAUAAAUAUAAGUAAUUUUAGUUCUCUGUAAGUCCAUAGUGAUUAAAAUACUUUGUGCAAAAAAUCUAGUCGACAGAUGAAUGGUACAUAUUAUACAUAAAUAAUUAUACACACUAAAUAUGCUACAUAA